GGGUUUUCCAGUCGGCCUGGCGACUGGCAGGUGAAAUGCCAGAUAUUUGGCUCGAGAAGUACCGGCCCAUCAAGUUUGAGGAUGUAGUUGGAAAUACUGGUGCCGUGACCAUCCUCCGAUCUCAUGCUGCUGCAGGAACCUUUCCGCACUUGCUGCUGACCGGGCCACCGGGCUGUGGAAAAACUACCGUGGUUCAUUGUUUGGCGAGGGAACACCUGGGAAGUUUCUACGAGCAGGGCUGCAUCGAGCUAAACGCCUCGGACGAUCGGGGCAUUGAUGUGGUGAGAGAGAAGAUCAAGGGCUUUGCGCAGCAGAAGGUCUCCUUGCCCGAGGGUAAACUGAAGGUGAUCAUCUUGGAUGAGGCGGAUAGCAUGACCCAAGCAGCUCAGCAGGCCAUGCGACGGACCAUGGAGAUCUACAGUCAGACGACACGCUUUGCCCUGGCCUGUAACAUCUCCUCCAAAAUCAUCGAGCCCAUCCAGUCUAGAUGUGCCAUCCUCAGAUUUGGAAGAAUAUCAGAUGAGGAUAUGAUGCAGCGACUUAAGCUGGUCCUGGAAAAGGAAACUGCACCGUACGAUCAGUCGGGUUUGGAAGCUUUGAUUUUUGCUGCUGAGGGUGACAUGAGAAACGCGCUGAAUGGCGCGCAGUCUACCUUCAACGCUUUCGGUGAGAUCAAUCGAAACACGGUCUUCAGGAUGAAUGAUCAGCCCCAGCCAGAAAAGAUCAAAGGAUGUUUGGAAGCGAGUUUGAAGAAGGACAUGAAGGGCACCUUCGCUCCGAUGCACGAGAUUUGGCAUCAGGGUUACAGUGCUACGGACAUCAUCUCCACAUUUUCGCGGGUGGCAAAGCAGAUCGAUGCACCAGAACAUGUGAAGCUGGAGUGGCUAAAGGAGAUUGGACUGACACAUGCUCGUGUCACUGCUGGUGCCCAAAAUCUUCUUCAACUGGAUGCUAUGGUCGCCAAGAUUCUGAUGGUCUCAGAGAGAGGCCCAAUAUUUUGAUGGCAGUGCUACAACUGAAAGGCUAGAAGCGGGAGGGUCAGAGCGGCCGAAGGGAGUCAGGUGAACGAAAUCGAGCGGCAUUUCAUGUGGGUUGCACCAUGGGCGCCCCAGCCCAUGGUCUGGUGGGUUGACUGUUGUACGCAGUCUGGACGGCG